AUGAAGGUGCUGAAAUUACCUUGGUUAACUCAUCAGGAAGGUCAUAGAACAUAUGAAAUAUACACAGUUGAUGUAAGUGUUGAUGGACAGAGAGUUGCUACUGGGGGAUUAGAUGGUAAGAUCAGAAUAUGGUCCGUUCUGAACAUAUUGCAAUUUGCCAAGCCAAAAGUUUCUUGGCCAGAAAUCGAUGCUCAAUUAAAGAAACCGCUUUCAAGUAUGAGUAGGCAUACAGGAUCUGUUACUGCUUUGAAGUUUUCUCCCAAUGGCAAGUAUUUAGCUUCUGGAUCUGAUGAUAAAAUUCUACUAAUAUGGGAGAAGGAAAAGGGACCAGUCCAACCAGUGUUUGGGACGGAAACGGAUUUAGAGCAUUGGAAUGUGAGAAAGAGAUUGGUUGCACAUGACAAUGAUAUUCAAGAUAUAUGCUGGGCUCCAGAUUCUAGUAUAUUGGUCACAGUUGGGUUGGAUAGGUCUAUUAUUGUUUGGAAUGGAUCUACUUUCGAAAAAAUUAAGCGGUUUGAUGUGCAUCAGUCGCAUGUCAAGGGUGUUGUGUUUGAUCCUGCGAACAAAUAUUUUGCCACUGCAUCGGAUGAUAGGACUGUGAAAAUAUUUAGGUAUCAUAAGGGCGCUGAUCUGAGUUUUACGAUUGAACACAUAAUCACUGAGCCAUUCCAAGGCUCUCCAUUGACAACAUAUUUCAGGCGCCUUACAUGGUCGCCGGAUGGACAGCAUCUUGCAGUUCCAAAUGGUACCAAUGGCCCCGUUUCCACGGUUGCAAUUAUUAGCAGAGGGAAUUGGGAUACCUCAGUAAGUUUGGUGGGUCAUGAUCAACCCACAGAAGUUGCGUGUUUCAAUCCUAGAUUAUUUGAACAUGAAGAUGACGAGCUUUCUCCUGAAGAUGACGAACAGAAGGAGGGGAGUAAUGUAACUGAAGCCAGACAGGACAAACAAAAGAAUGGCGAUGAUAGAGUAGAUUCCGUGGUUGCUACAGCGGGGCAAGAUAAAACAGUGGUGGUAUGGAACACAAGCAGAGCAAGGCCCGUUUUUGUUGCAUACGAUAUCACUACUAAAUCAAUUACUGAUAUGUCAUGGACUUAUGAUGGCGAAGCACUGUUCGUGACUUCUUUAGACAGUCAAAUAAUAGUUAUAGUUUUCGAGAAGGAUGAGUUAGGCAAAGCAAUUCCCAUCGAGCAGAACGUUGAACAAUUGCAUCGUUAUGGUGUAGAUAAAGAUUCACUUGUGUUCCCUGAAAGUGUAAAGCAGUUAAUGUUGGAAGAUGAAGCAAGAAAGACAAAAAAGCCUAGGAUAGCAUCGACUGCUUUAUUGGAGAGCAGAAUAGGCACCGUACAACAACCUAAUGUUUUGACGGCCAGACGAAAAGAACCCAAGAAAGAUCCCGCAAAGGUAGAGGUAAAACAAAUCAAUACUCUCACAGUAAGAAAAAAACAUGAUUCCUUGAACAAAAUCGUAUUUCAAAAUGGCAAGAAAAGAGUCGCCCCGACUCUUAUCUCAACGGGGUAUUCCCCUACAAAGGUUACUUUUGAAGCUAGAACAGAUAUAGACCCUGAUUUCGGUAAAAAAAAACCUCUCAAGGAAUCUGAACACACUUUAACUGGCAAAAUAUCAAAACCCUCGUUGCCUUUGCCAAGACUGGGUAUACACACCUUGAUUAUGGGCGUCAAGGAUAGAGAAGUUGAAAGGUUUUACGUUGAAGAAGAAGGAGGAGGGACAGGAGGAGGGGUAGCGGACGACGAUGGAGAUAUCAUUAAUGAAGUGGAUGAAUCCAAGAAUGAUCACAAAAUGACAUUAAAUAGCAAAACAACCAUUGAAAAAAUUUGGAAAGAGGAGCCGAAUGUUAGAUAUUUGGAUUACCCAGGCGUACUGCCAGAUGCUGACGUUGUCAUAUGUGAAUACGGCGAUAUAGACGAUCUACACAUCCUGGAAAUCCGGAAUGGUGUGGAAAGAGCCAUACAGUUUGAUAGAGAAGCUUUAUUCGAUAACCCCACAAAAAUAUUAGGAUACUACAACGGCCAAAGAACAUUGGAAGCAUUCAUUCCUGAAGUAGUAGUAUCCUGCGUAGGCUCAAAAUUUUGCCAAUGCUGGGCAUUGGCUACUGCGAGUGGCUCCAUCUACUUUUACAGAGAACACGGCCAAUCUAAAAUACCAAAAAUUACUAUAGGCCAUAAGAUAAUCAAACUGCUAUCCUGGAAACAGUAUUUGAUUGCCUUGACAGAAUCCUGUCUUUUCUACGCAUGGGAUUUAGAUGCCAUGAAGCUCGUCUAUAAAGAAAUAUCUGCAAUACCUGUACUCAUGCAAGAUGUUCCUCAAAAUAACAAAGUACGAGUUACAAGAAGAAUUCUAGACUUUCGCAUGGAACCUGACUCAUAUAACCUGACGGUAGAGUUAACCGAUGGCUCAUCCUAUGCAUGGGACAACACGUUGGGCUGCUGGACGGAUUGCAAUAAUCAUUACAAACGGUUGAGCCCAGAUUGA